UAACUAUAGCCUGUAUAACACAGUUGCAUUGCAGUGGGGGUAUAAGGAUUUGUUAUGGGGCUAUAGGACGGCAUUGCUUUUUCGGAAUUUUUGCAUUUUCUGAUCGACUGAAACAUGACAACAAUGGCUAGAGGAUCGUAUAAGCUAGAACUGGAGGAGCAGAAGCGAAACGUGUUUGUCACGCAGCUUGGAGCUCGACAAGAUGAGGAGGAGGCAGAGGAGGAUAUUCGUCAGUACCCAGUCGUCAAGGAGACGGCUGGGAAACUGAUUGAAAGUGGUCUGAAUACUAUGCAAAAGACGUUGCUACUUAAACGAGAAGUUGAAGUGGAUAAAGCCAAUCUCGAGCUGCAGGAGAAGAAAGAAGAAUUUCAUAAGCGUAUGCACAUGUGUGAAGAAAGAGGGGUUGAUAUACAGAAGAAACAACAAAGAAUGAAAGACAGGGUUACCAAGUUUGAAAAGUUCAUCAAUGAGAAUGAAGCAAAGAGAAAACGUGCAAUUCAGAAAUACCAAACAGAAUUAAAAUUAAGAGAAUCCAAAAACAUAGAAUAUGAUUUACUGUGUCAUCAGUUAGAAGAGUUAAAAGAAAAACAUCAAAAAUUAUUGGAUAAACUAGAAAGAUACAAGAUUUUUGAAGAUUAUUUGGUGAAAGUGUUAGACGUCUUACCAGAAAACUAUCUUGAAUUGAACGAUUCAAUGAUCCGCAGUCUCAUGGACCGACAUCGUACACUCAGUUUGACCAAUCAGAGCUUAGUAGAGCGGGUCAACGAGUUGUAUGAUCAACACGAACAGGAAAAAGAAAGAUUGGAAGAUAUGAAAUAUAAUCACAAUCAACAGAAACUGGUGAUCAACUCAAAGCUAGCUGAACUGCAAAGUAUAAAUGAACAAAAAGAAGAGACCAAUUCACAUUUAGAAGAAUUACUUGCUAAUAACCAACACAGUUAUAGGAUACAGAGUCAAACUUUAGGACAGAUUCUGAUGGCUGUAAACAAUUUAGCUGAAAGGUGCCAUAAAAAGCAUGAUCCACCAUUGGAUACCUUGGAUACAUCAAGCAGACUCACUCUGAUACAGAAUUAUUUUAUAGAACGAAUAGGAGUUGAACAAAUGGCGCGUUCAUCACCGACUAGCUCACCGCCAACAUCAGUUCGAGGUGGGCAUGUACAGCAAGUGAGAAUCUUAAGCCCGACAACAAAAACUAUUCAUAUUCCUCGAAAAUGAUUUCAAUAAAUGGCUAUUUAUUGCAAAUUAUCAAAGAGAGAUAGAGUUGCCAUGACGAUGUCCUUUCACUGUAAUAGACCACACUAUGGCGUCAAAGCAUGCUCAAUGCUUAAUUAAAUUUACAAAAUUGUGAAUACAGUAAAUCAAGAAAUUUAAAUUAAAAGUAAUUAUCAGAAAUAUU